UAUUUAUCCAGAUGUGUUGUUGGGGCAUCGCUUGAAAGCAUAGGAGAGGAAGAGGAAGAGGAAGAUGAAAAUAAUUCAGCUGCUGAAGCUUCUAGUAGGCCAAAGGAGGGAGUCUACCAAGUAGUGGGUACCCUUUCUAAACCAGAGAGUACUAAACCAUGUUUUGCAGAGGAAACAUAUGCAGUCUCUUCUCGAAAAGAGCUCCUAAGUCACUUGCUUGAGUGUGAGGUUGUUUUAUAUAAUAUCACUGAGGAUGCAAAUCAAAUUGAGGAAGCAACAUGGGCUGCUUCUGCUCUACAUAUAGAAAUAGAGCAUUUUGCAACACCAAAGUUAUUCAUCCUCAUUUCGACAAUAAUGAGCUGGGCAAAAAGCAAACCCCCUGACCCUGAAGAUCCUGAGAUUCCUUUUACUGAUGAAGAUUAUCGCAGAAGAAAAUCUCAUCCUAACUUCAUGGAUCACAUAAAUGCUGAAAAACUCAUUCUCAAACUUGGGAAAACUAACAAACAUAAAUUUUCAACUUACAUUGUUGCUUCAGGACAUCAAUAUGGAGCUGGGGAAGGAGUCUUGCACUACUUUUUUAAGAUAGGUUGGCUUAGUGAGACUCCUGCAAUACCUGUUUUUGGAGAUGGAAAUAAUUUUAUUCCAACUAUUCAUGUUCUUGAUUUAGCAGCAGUGUUACAAAAUAUAGCAGACCACAAGCCAAGGUCUCACUACAUACUUGCAGUAGAUGUAUCUAUGCACACUCUUGAAGAAUUAAUAAAGUGUAUCAGUAAAAAUGUUGGAUCAGGAAAAAUUGAGAAGAUUCCAAAAGAAAAUGCAUUCCUGAGCAAAGAGUUAACACAAAUGCAUUUGGAUAUGUUGCUUGUGAACCUGCGAAUGGAAUCUAUGUUUCUGAAAGAGACUUUCAACAUUAAGUGGGUUGCUCAGGCAGGACUGGUGGAGAACAUUGAACAAAUCGUCAAGGAAUACAAGCAAAGUCGAGGAUUACUGCCUCUCAAAGUUUGCGUUCAUGGUCCUCCUGGGGUUGGCAAAUCUACUAUUGCUGAAGAGCUCUGCAAACACUACAAGCUACAUCACAUUAAGAUAAAUGAUGUGAUUUCUGAAACAAUAGCAAAUCUGGAGAAAAUUGUGGCUUCUAACGAACUGGACUCUGACAGUGUGGGAGAAGAGGGAAAAGAUGAUGAAGAGGAGGAGGAUAAAAAUGUAGAAGCAGCACACGGCUUAUUAACUAGAAUAAAAGAAAGCAUGGAGCAGAAUGCAGGUCAUCUAGAUGAUCAGUAUGUUGUUGAAUUUGUGAAGGAUAAGCUCAAAUCUAUGCCUUGUAGGAAUCAGGGAUAUGUUCUAGAUGGGUUCCCAGAGACCUAUGAGCAGGCAAAAGAUCUUUUUAAUUUGGAAAAUGAAGAUGAAGAAGAAGAAAUUAAAGGCAAAAUACCUAAAUGUGAUAAAAUAAUCGCACCUGAAUUUGUUAUUUCUUUGACUGCAUCUGAUGAAUUCCUUAUAAACAGAAUAAUAAAUCUGCCAGAGAAAAUUGUUGCUGGAACUCAUUAUACCCAGGACCGGUUCCUGCAGUCUCUGAAUGUCUUCAGAGAGUUAAACACAGAUGAUAAGACUGUUCUCAACUAUUUUGAUGAACUUGAAAUACAUCCUCAGUUUAUUGAUGUAGCCAAAUUUGAAGAUCCUGAGAACAGAUUUAUUGUAAAAGAGAUCAUUAAAGAAAUUGGGGAACCUCGGAAUUAUGGUUUGACAGAUGAAGAAAAGGAGAAUUUGGAACGCAAAGCAGCUGAGGAACGCCUUGUCAAAGAAGCUCAAGAAAAAGCUGAACGAGAGCGUAAAGAAGCUGAGGAAAGGGCUGAAAGGAUGGCAAACUGGGAAGAGUGGAAUAAACAUCAGGAGGAAGUGAAAAGACAAGAACAAGAGUUAUUGGAGGCCCAGUCCCUUCCACUACGAAACUAUUUAAUGAAGAACGUCAUGCCAACACUUAUGCAAGGGAUAAAUGAAUGCUGUAGGAUCAGGCCAGAUGAUCCAGUCGAUUUUCUGGCAGAAUAUCUCUUCAAGAACAGUCCUGAUAUUGAAUGA